GUCCCAGGCAGUGCGAACAGGAAGGGGUGGGACCAGGCGGGUUGCGCUCGCAGAAAGCUAGUGUGCUGGAGCAGUUCAAGAUGGCAGCUACCAUAUUCCGGGCUGUGCUACGGGGCUCGAGAACCGGCGUCCUGCCGGACAGCGGGCUACGGCGGCUGAGCCAGACCCAGGAACCUCCUGAUUAUCGCAGCUUUGUGGAGUCUGUGGAUGAAUACCAUUUUGUGGAGCGCCUGUUACCCCCCACCAGCAUCCCACAGCCCCCAAAGCAUGAACAUUAUCCCACUCCUAGUGGCUGGCAGCCACCCAGAGACCUCCCACCCAACUUGCCCUACUUUGUGCGGCGUUCUCGGAUGCAUAACAUCCCUGUCUACAAGGACAUCACACAUGGCAACCGUCAGAUGACUGUAAUCCGGAAGGUGGAGGGGGACAUUUGGGCCCUGCAGAAGGAUGUGGAAGAUUUCCUGAGCCCACUUCUGGGGAAGACACCUGUCACCCAGGUCAAUGAGGUGACAGGUACCCUUCGGGUCAAGGGCUACUUUGAUCAGCAGCUCAAAGCCUGGCUCCUGGAAAAGGGCUUCUGAAGCCCAGCUGAACAUCCUGCAAGACAGCAUCCCCCUCAGACUGGAGUCCUGGGGAUCUCAAGAGGAGGGAGGUGGGUGUUGGAGCAACUAGGACAGCGGGUGCAGAGACCAGGGCUGAGGGCUUUGGAGCCGGCCUCGCUUGCAUAAAGGAGGAAAUGGGACUCUGCAUAGAUGCCAGCACUGGGAGAGGGCUGUCUAACCCAGGGGACCCACCAGGCACAGCCAAGCUAGUGGGGGGCAUUAAUUGCUGCACCCCCCCCCCA